UACCUACUGCGCAGUGAUAUACUCACUUCAACCGUAUGACGCUAUGGACUUCUCUCUAUGGAUGUUGAUGUGAAAAAUUAUUGAACAAGACGCAGCUUGGUCCUGACUAAAUUUAGUCAUGGAGAGUGUGAAUAAAGAAUGGGGCGACUUUCAGAGUGAACUUGGAAAGUUGGAGGAAAUACAUAGCGAAUACAUCAAGAAACUGUCUGAACUGACAAAGCUGCAAGAAUCAUCUCUGAAAGGAGUAAAGCAUCAAAACUAUGUUCUCAAAAACCUCGAUGACACAUUGGACAAGAUCAAAAAAGAUGGCACCACUGAUGAUAAGGAACGUCUUGAAAAGAUCGAACAUGAUAUAACUGAUGCAAAAGCGAAAUUGCAUCAGAUGGAGUCGGAGCUGCCGGUGAAGGAUAAUGGAUUCUACCUGUCGCUGAUCCUAGGCAAGAAUCUAAAUUUGUCUCUACUCUCAAAGAACGACCGAUAUAAGUAUAAACAGGAUUAUGAGUCUUUCAAGUGGAAGGUGACAAUCGCUAUCCUCAUCAGUGUAACUUUGUCGUAUCUGUUCCCUUGGAGGGUUCUCGAUUCCAUUGGGAAUUUUCUUAUGGUCUGGUACUAUUGCACGCUGACUAUCAGGGAAAGUGUCUUGAGGAUUAAUGGUUCUCGAAUCAAAGGAUGGUGGGUGUUGCAUCAUUACCUCUCUUGCGUUCUUUGCGGUAUCAUAUUGACAUGGCGCGAUGGUCACUGCUACCAGUCGUUCCGGCAUCAGUUUUUGACUUUCGUGUUCUACUUAUGCUUUGUGCAAAUUCUACAGACGCAGUAUCAGUCGGGAUGCCUUCGCCGUCUUCACGCUCUCGGCCAGGGUCACCUUAUGGAUAUCACGGUCGAAGGAUUCACCAGCUUCAUGUUCAAGGGGCUCACCUUUUUACUACCGUUUUUGGGCGCAGUUUACGUUUUCCAACUAUAUAAUGCUUAUGUCCUAUGGAAUUUGUCAUACAGUUGCAGAGGAGAGUGGCAGGUACUGGCGCUAAGUUUUAUGUUCUUGCUUCUUGCCGUUGGCAAUAUCGUCACAACGAGCUUGGUACUCCUUAAAAAACUGCGUUCCACUGGCUCGUACAAUUAUAUCGUCGGUUUGACGGAGAAGUAUCGUUCGAGAUCGAAUUCGAAGGACGAGUAGGGUGCUCCUGACAGUUCCACGUGCAGAAGUAAAGUCGACUUUGAGAUCAGGUGGAUGGAUGAAGUUUUUCAUCAGUUUCUAAAUUUUGUGCAGUUUUAUAAUUUGAUUUCGCUUCGGUUGCUUUUCACUGCCUUAUGCUGGAUAACGUAGAUUUUUAUUCCGCUUUGUAGAUCUACUCUACGAAUUAUAAUCGUACAAUAGGGGAUCCGUCAUACUUCGCCGACAAGCCCAAAAGCGCCGAAAAAAGUCCAAAAGGC